AUGCCCGCAGCUGCUGCUGGCAAAGGGACAACUGCUGCGGCAGCAGGAGACGCUGCAGCAGCAGCGGGGACUGCAACAGACACACCAUUAGGAGAAGUAACAACCCUACCUACAGCAGCAGCAGAGGCAGCAGCAACAGCAGAAGCAGCAGCAGAAGCAGCAGCAGCAACAGCAGCAGCGGGAGAGCAAGAAGCAGCGGUUAACAGCACAGCACAGGCAGCAGUACUGCCGGAUGUAGUGUCUCUGCAGCAGCCAGCAGCAGCAGCAACAGCAGCAACACCAGCAGCAGCAGCAGCAAUACCUUUUUUAGCUGCUGCUGGUGGUCCCCUGACGUUGCCUGGUGAUCUGUCUGCAGCACCAAGCAGCAGCGACAGUACAACAGCAGCAGCAGCAGCAACACCAGCAGCAGCAGCAGCAGCAAUACCUUUUUUAGCUGCUGCUGGUGGUCCCCUGACGUUGCCUGGUGAUCUGUCUGCAGCACCAAGCAGCAGCGACAGUACAACAGCAGCAGCAGCAGCAACAGCAACAGCAGCAGCAGCAGCAGAUGCUCAGCCACCAACAGAGGAGCAGCAGAAUAUUUCUGUCCCCUCGUUGGAUUUACCAGGAGAACUAGACUUACGAUUGGUUGCUUCUUACUUACGCGGUAUGGGUUUAGGGUCUCUGUCUAUAGAUGACUUACCGUCUCCUCCCUGCAGCACUGUCUCCUCUGCUUCUUCUUCCCCUACUGCUGUUGCUGCCAGCAAGCUGCAUGCAGCAGCAGCAACAGCAGCUGCUGCUGCUGCUGCAGCAAACACACAAGCUGCAGCAACAACAACUGGGGCUGCAGCACCUCCCUAUGUAGAUGUGGGGCAGCAGGCUGCUGCUGCUGCUGCAGCAACAGCAGCAGCAGCAGUAACACCUUUUCCUGCAUUGGCGUUAGGUCUUAAUCCCCGUGUGUCUCCGUUGCCACAGCAGCAACCAGCAGCAACAACGGCAGCAGCAGCUGCUGCAGCUGCAGCUGCUGCAGCAGCGCAAGUUGAUCCUCUACAGCAGCAGCAGCAGCAACUCAUGCUGCAGCGGCAGCAGCUGCUUCUAGCAUUUGCUAAUCAUCAUCAAAUGUUAGGUGCGUUGCAUCAGUUAGCAGUGUCUCCUACUGCAGCAGCAGCAGCAGCAGCAGGAGGAGAUGCAGCAGCAACAGCAGCAGCAACAGAUGCAGCAGCACUAGAUGCUGCUGCUGCAUCUCUUGCAGCAACAACGUCUCUUGGUAAUUGUGGUGCCUUACUUGGUGACCCAACAGCAGCAGCAGCAGCUGCUGCUGCAGCAGCAGCAGGUGCAGCAGCACCAGCAGCAGCAGCAACAUCGCUGCCUUCCUUGGGGCCCCAUACCCUUCAAGGGUUCGAUACAAGUCUGUGUCUACCACAGAUGCCCAGCAGCAGCAGCAGCAGCAGCAGCACGAGCAGUACAGUUGCAUCUCUAUUUGGUUCAGGAGAUAAUAACAGCAACAACAACACUGCAGCAGCAGCAGCAGCAGCAGCAGCUGCUGCAGCAGCAGCAGCAGGUUUAGGUGGAUAUAAUCCUUUUGGUGGGGUUGUUAUACCACCAGCAGAUCUAUCAAUAUGUCCUCCUGCUGCAGCAACAACAGCUGCAGGUACUGUGCCUCCUGCUACUACACCUGCAGCAGCAGCAGCAGCAGCAGCAGCAGCAGCAGCAGCAGGAGCAGGAGCAGGAGGAGCACCAGUUGAUACAUUAUGUGGCAUCCCAUUAAAGACAAUUAUUCCCUUAUCUAGUAGUAGUAGUAGUAAUGGUGGUGGAGGGCUUUCGCCUCUAGGACAACAAACAGGAGGAACAACCCCACCUCGUAACCCCUUAUCUGAAUCGUCAUUAUCCGGUGUAGUAGAUAAUAUAAAUAAUUCAUGUAUAUCUUCUUCUUCUGCAUCAGUAGGAUCAGGAACAGGAACAAAUGAUAAGAAAAUAACGGGUGUAUGGUACGAUUCUCAACAAAAUUGCUGGAGGGCCUCAUGGGUAUGCGCCGAAACUGGAAGAAGAAAAUUUCGAUAUUUUUCGGUUGUUAAAUUUGGACACGAUAAUGCAUUUAAAUUGGCUAAAAUAACUAAAGAAAAAGCUAAGGAAAGAAAAAAAAUUAAAUUACAGCAGCAACAAAUACACCAAAUACAGCAGCAGCAGCAGCAACAGCAUGGGGGAAUCAUGAGCAUCACAACGAUUGGUGAUAGUCCACCUCCUGCUCCUACUCCUGCUGCUCCUAUUGGUGGGUUAGGGAUUGGGUUAGGUAGUGUUGGUGGGUAUCAGCAACAAACAACAGCAGCAACAGCAACAGCAGCAACAGCAGCAACAGCAGCAGCAGGAGGAGGAGAGAGAGGUGUUAAGAUGGAGGAUACACAAGAACAACAGAUAUUAGCACUGCAGCAGCAACAGCAACAGCAAUUGAUGCAGCAGGAUCAGAUGCAACAUGCAGCAGCAGCAGCAGCAGCAACAGCAACAACAGGAGCAGGAGGAGGAACAGGAACAACAUCAUUCCCUGAUGUUAAAUCCUCACCAUCUUCUGCUACUGCAGCAGCAGCAACAACAACAACAACAACACCAUCAGCAGCAGCAACAGCAACAACAGCAACAGCAACAGAUUGUAUAAGCCGUCUUCCUUCGUCUUCUUCUUCUUACCCGGAGCAAGGAACAACCCCACCAACAGCACCACCAUCGUCAACCCGUACAUCAACACAAUCAGGAGCACAAGGAGGAUCAGGAGGAACAGGAGGAACAGGAGCAGGAGAAGAAGGAAUGAAGAUAAUAAAGGUACCAGGUGUAUAUUAUGAUAGUGUACGUCGUAUAUGGCGAGCCUUCUGGCAUGAAGGAGGAAAAAGAAUUAUUCGUUAUUUUACUGUUAAUAAACAUGGAUAUAAGAAAGCAUUACUAUUAGCAUUAGAGACAAGAAAGAAUGCUACAUUAUAUAUACAACAACAAAAAAAAAAUAAAUUCAUACAUAAUAUACAACAACAACAGCAGCAACAAGGGCAGCAGCAGCAGCAGCAGCAAGGGCAGCAGCAACAGCAAGGGCAGGGACAGAUGAAGGGAGAAAGGGCAGAGGGAGAACAUGAACAUCUUAUACACGAUAAUAGUCAUAGUAAUAAUAGUAUUAUAGGAGGGAGGAGAAGGAGAUCACCAUCUGCUGCUGCUGCUGCUGCUGCUGCAGCAGCAGCAGCAGCAGCAGCAGCAAAUGGUGGUGGAGUACUGAGGGCACAUACAGAGGCACAUUAUAAUGCUGCUAAUGCAAGACUAGAGAAAGCAUUAGAACAAAUACAACUUAUUGAGGAAAGAGAGGCAGCAGAAGCUGCUGCUGCUGCUGCUGCUGCAGCUGCUGCUGCUGCUGCUGAUGGUACUGCAAGUACUACCAAUAGCAGCAAUAAUAAUAACAGCAGCAGCAGCAGCAGCAACAGCAGCAGCAGUUAUUGUGGCGACAGUAUUCGUUCUCGUUCUAUAGCAGCAGGAGCAGCAGGAGCAGCAGCAGGAGGAGGAGCAGCAGCAUCAUCGUGCGCCCCUCCCUCAACAGCUACUCCCUCAUCAUCAUCAUCAGGUAGCAGCAGCAGCAGCAGCAGCAGCAGCAGCAGCAGCAGCAGUAAUUAUAAUAUAGGAGGAGGAGGAGGAGGAGGGUGCGGAGGUCGUGUAGAUUAUUUAGAGCGUGUAGCUCAAUUGCCAAUAGAGCCACAGAUACAUUGGUAUGAAUCUAUCAAGGCAUGGGUAGUUACUGCAGCAGAUACAGAUACACCAAUAGGAGCAGCAGCAGCAGCAGCAGCAGGUGCAGCAGGAGAUGAUGAUCAACAUCCUGCUGCAGCAGCAGCAACAACAGGAAAAGGGAGCAAAAGGGUACUAGAGGAAGGAGGAGUACGUAUACUAAAAAUGUUUCCUAUAAGAAAGUUUGGAUUUCGUGUUGCAAGAGAGAAAGCACUUGAAUGGAGGGACAAAAAGAAAGGAAUUAAUCCUCCUCCUCCUGCUGCUGCUGCUGCUGCUGUUGCUACUGCUGCUCCUGUUGCUGCUCCUCCUGUUGCUGCUCCUACUAAUACUGCUGCUAAUGCCGGUGCUGGUGGUGUAACUGGAUUAGGCAUAGCAGCAGAUUUGUCCUAUAGGAAACAUAAAAUACAAUAUCCUUAUAGACAAGGUUUAUUAGAUCAAGGUAGCCUACUACAUACAGGAGCAGCAGGAAUGUGUGGUGGUGGUCCUGCUGCUGCUGCUGCAGCAGCUGCAGCUGCAGCUGCUGCUGUAUCUCCUAGUUAUUCUAUGAGUACAUGUGCAUCAACACCAAGUCCAUCUGCAUCUCCUGCUGCUGUUGCAUCUGCAGCAGCAGCUGCAGCAGCUGCAGCAGCAGCAGCAGCAGCAAAUGGUGGAGGAGAUAUAUGGAAUCCUUCAACUGCAGCAACAACUGCAGCAGGACAACCAACAACAGCAGCAGGAAGCAACAGCAGGAAACGUAUGGCAAUAGGAGCAGCAGCAUCAACACAAGCAGCAACAGCAACAGCAACAGCAGCAGGAGCAGGAGCAGGAGCAGGAGGAACAACAUCUCCAUCUGCAUGCAUAUUAGAUCCAUCAUAUCUGAAUGAUUUAUCUAACUGUAGCAGCAUAACAACAGGAGAUAAUAAUAACCUAGAUAUCUUAUCUAGCAGCAGCAGCAGCAGCAGCAGCAGCAGCAGCAAUGACAACAGCAUGGAUAACAACAACAACAGCAGCAGCAACAGCAACAGCAGCAACAACAACAACAACAGUAUAAGCAGCAGCAGCGUAGAGGUGAUGCGUAGUGCUCAGCAGCAGCAGCAGCAGCAGCAGAUAGAGCAGCAGCAGAUAGAGCAGCAGCAGAUAGAGCAGCAACAGAUAGAGCAGCAGCAGCAGCAAAUGGAAUUAGAUGGGCAACAGCAACAGCAGCAACAGCAGCAACAACAACAAUUACAAUUAAUGGAUAUUAUUCAACAACAAGGGGAAGAAAAUAAUAUACAAGGAAAACAAAAAGAAGAAGAAGGAGGAGGAGAAGAAGGAGAAGAAGGGGAAGGAGAAGGAGAAGAAGAAGGAGAAGAAGAAGGAGAAGAAGAACAUAUACAACAACAGCAACAAGAGCAGGAGGAGGAAGAGGAAGAAGAGGAACAACAACAGCAGCAGGAGCAGCAGCAGGAGCAGGAGCAAGAAAUGGUGUUACGUCAACAGAAGAGAAGAGCAUUAUUAAGAAAUAAUAAUAAUAAUACUGCUGCUGCUGCUGCUGCAGUAUCUGGUGCUGCAGCAGCAGAAGCAGCAGCAACUUCUCCUAGUGUAGCUACACCUCCUCUUAUUUCCCCACAAGCUUAA